AUGGCGACGACGAUGAUGCGUGGAAAUGAUGACGUCGACGCGGUGCGGCGUCGACGCUGGGGCGUCGCCGCGCCCGUCGCGUCGUCGGACGCGACGGCGACGGCGCACAGAGGGUUCGUCAAUCACGCCGCGGCGGUGGAGGAUCCGGGGGAGUGCGCGCGGGGGGGACGGCGUGGGGUGCUCGCGCGAUGGACGGGCGGCGGCGGCGACGACGGCGGCGACGACGACGCGCGCGCGCGAGCGCCGGGCGGGGCGACGUGUCAUAAUCGAUUCAUCCACGGCCGAGGGGCGAGGGACCCGUUCGCGCCGGCGAGCGCGAGCGCGCGUUUGAUGGAGACGUCGGGGACCGGGGACGCGCACGGCGCGGGCGCGGGCGAGAGGGUCGGCGGCGCGGGCGAGGCGAGGGAAGCGCCGUUCGCGCGAGCGGGACGGGGGCGACGGUUGGUCGAGGGCGUGGAUUGUACGCGCGCGGUGACGUAUGCGUACGAUCGAGGGCGAGGGAUGUGGACGGCGCGGGUGGCGGACGGCGACGCGGCGGAUGUCGGAUUCGAGCGCGCGGCGCGCGGCGACGUCGACGACGCGGCGCGCGACGGCUCGAACGCGACAGAGGUGACGGAUAACGGUGGAGACAUCGAUGAUGAUGACGAAGAAGGAGUGGAGAUGCGCGCGCGCGCGCGCGAGGCGCGCGUGCGUCUGUAUCAGGCGCCGUACGAAGCGGCUGAGCGGAUUUUUGCCGAGACGCGCGCGCGGCGCGAGCCUCGCGUGGCGCGCGUCGUCGCGUCGUCGCGCCGUCACGUCCACGUCGUCAACGAUUCGUACGACGCGCACGCGUCGACGUCGCUCGACCAACGCUCGAUGGAUAAGGAGAUGGAGGACUCGGAGGAAGAGUCGACUUCGACGAUUUGGAUUCCAGUCGCGCGAGAGGACGGGGCGAGGUUCUGGAUCGAAGCCGCCGCCGACGUGAGUCCCACGGAGCAGCUCGCGUCGUGGUGUCGCGGCGAUGUCCCGUGGCCGACCGCGCGGGCGCUCGAUUUGGGGAAGGAUCGAACCGGUCUUCCUCGCGGCGCGCCCGGUCCGGCGAUCGAGGACGCCGACGCAAUCGCGUCCAUCCAACUCCACCUUCGUCGCUUACACGAAGAGAACGUUCGCGCCGCCGCGACCGCCGCCGAAGUCACCGCGGCCACCGAGAGUGCGCCGCCGAGGUCGCUCACGCCGAGUGAACACCUCGACCUGCUCCGCCAGCUCGCUUUGGCUCGAUCGGAGCGGGACAGACUCCGCGACAAACUUCGCGCGCUCGGCCACGUCGACGACGCCGACGACCUCUCGUGA